AUGGCAAUUACCUACAUCAGUCCCCGAAAGCUGAAGAAAUAUUACAUAGAUCCGUCCUGUGACGCCAAAUUUGACCAGCAAUUCGACGGGUUCGUUCGAGAGGCCAUGGAGUAUGCCCGCCGAGCCGUGAAUAGGCUCACAUCCUCCUCCGACUUAGAUUUUGCCCGGGUCUACGAGACUCUCUUCAAAAUGCCAAAGUCCGAAAGGCAAAGGUUCAACUGGGCAAACGACUUCCGACUGAUGAACCCCCACAGUGCCUCGGUCCGAAUGACAGCUUAUGAACAUGUCGUCGGCGUAUUGAGAGACUUUGGUACAAACUGGAGAAAGACUCCCAACCAUUGGGAAGCAGAUGUACGGUUUCACUGCGACGCUCAAACCCGCUUCAUCCCCAUACACCACUCCAGCUCCUCCUCCUCCCCUCGUGCUCUCACCUACCUCGACCCCACAAAUUCAGUCUUCAACACCGGCUCCUUCCCCUCCAACCUCACCCGCCACGCCUUCACUUCCUACGAACUUUCUACCGAGGGCGCAAACGGACAAGUCCAUAACCUAUUUGGUCUCACCGGCAUCCAAGGUCACUCCAACGUCCAAAACCCAGCCAGAGUCGUGAUCGACCUGGGCCAAGAAACAUGGGAGGCCUUCUCGGACAGCACAAGAAGGGCAAAGAAAACUUCUACCAGAUACCAUGACAACGCCAGUGUGUCGGACCCCCUGUUGCUAAAGUACCUCUACAAAAGUAAGGUGGAUGAUGAUGUCUCGCAAUGGUCGGUGCCGAGAAUCAUCUUCCAAGAGAUGAUGCAUUGUCGAUACUACGGCCUUUACGAUGCAAAUGCAAAUGCAAGUGCUACAUGUACAGUGGGCUCCUGGCAGUCGUGCAUGGAUGUCUGCUGGGGAGGACCGACUUGCGUGGUCAAUAAUGCGGAGAGCUACGCGAUGUUGGGCCUCAUGGCUUGGCUGGCUGAUAUAAGACCUGACGAUGAGGAGACGGGCGGGUAUACAUUGUCGCGCGAGGAUGAAGGGGAGAGGAUCAAGGGAGUGGUGCGCUUCUAUUCGGAUAUUACUGCCUAA